AUUAUGAGAAUCUGGUUUGGUCAGAUCAAGACAUUGAUGAGAGGGCUUCCGAUUAUUUUGCUGUUUUAUUAACAGCUAAUGAAAACAAAAAUAUCUGGAAAUCUUUAGGUAGGCCUUCAACUUAUGUUGGAGGUUCUAAAAGAACCCAAAGACACAAAAAAGCAGAGCUAAAAAAGGCUGCACAAGACAUUCAAUCAAUCACUGCUUACUUUGCUCCCAUCUUAACAUUUUCUAAUAUUGCAUUGGCUUCGACUUCUACUUGUGGAUCGUCAAUGGAAUUACAUAUAUCAGUAGAAAUGGAAUUAGUGGAAAUGAAAUCAGUGGAGGUGGAAUCAGUAGAGAUGGAAUCAGAAUCAGAAAUAGAAUUAACAACGAUGGAAUCAGCAGUAGAUGUAUCAGCAGAAAAAGAUAUUGAUGAAAGAACAAAAAUAAGGUUGGCAAUUGAGGAGUUGAAUAGUAUGCUAAAAAAGGAUGACAAUCAAAUAGAUAAAGGUGUAAAGAUUCGUUUACAAGGAGACUAUAAAGCACAAUAUAUUGGUACAUGGGCUCAAAAUUGGAUAAAGUGGCAAAAGCUUCCAAAAAGAAUUGCGCGAUUUGGUUAUAAUGGUUUAAUUCCUUGUUAUUCACAAUCGUUACACUUUGGACAGAUAAUAUCAUAUCUAAGAAGUCAUAAGUUUAGUGUGAAUUCUAAAAUUUUAAAAAACUUCGUCGAGAAUGAGGUAUUCCCUUCUUUAGAUGUUGAAACAAAAACAUCCAUAUGUGAGAAAAUGGCAUGGAAAUGGCUUAGGAACCUUGGAUGGGAAUAUAAAGAAUAA